GAGAGAGAGAGAGCGCGAGGGAGAGAGGGGACGACAACUUCAGUUCUGGUUUUUAAAAUGUUUAUAUUUUAAGAUAACAGGUUAAACCAGUUUCCCAACCAGUUUAAACGGACUGCAUCGGUCCGAGCAACUGUCUGCUACCCUGUAGAGAAGAGAAGAGAAGAGAUGUCUGUCCAGGCAAACCGAGUGAUGGCUUUGUCCGAGUGGGAGAACAAGUGGCAGGAAGGAAGAAUUGGUUUUCACAAUCCGGAAGUGCACAAUUUGCUGGAAAAAAACUUGAACAAAGCCAUAUGUGGACGAAAGGAGGUUCGAUUCUUCUUUCCGCUAUGUGGAAAAGCUGUAGACAUGAAAUGGCUGGCUGACAUGGGUCACACAGUUGUUGGAGUUGAACUUUCCGAAAAAGGAAUCAAACAAUUCUUUGAAGAGCAAAAUCUUGCAUUUAUUGAAGAACCAGUACCAGCCAUUCCUGGAGCAAAGGUUUUCAAGAGUGCAGAUGGAAAGAUCUCCAUCUAUCAGUGUGAUUUAUACAAGUUCUCCAGUGCUGUUGCAGGAAAGUUCGGAGGAAUUUGGGAUAGAGGAGCGCUGGUGGCUAUAAACCCAUGUGACAGGCAAAAGUAUUCUACUCUCCUUACGUCCCUAAUGAACAAUGACUGCAGGUAUCUUCUGGACACACUGGAAUAUAAUCCUGAGCUGUAUAAAGGUCCACCAUUCUUUGUAUCAGGAGAGGAUGUAAAAAAUUUAUUUGGAAGUGGAUGUGACAUUGAAUUGCUAGAGUCUGUAGAUGCCUUUGAUGAAAAGUUCAAAUCAUGGGGACUGGAUUCAAUGACAGAGAAAGUGUACCUUCUCACUCUAAAAGCCCAAUGAUCAAUCAUCAGAUCUACCUCAGGGUGACUCAGAAGUAAAGAUUAGUUAAUUAUACAAUAAAUAAUCUGGAAAAAUACAUAGGAUUAUUGAAAGACAAUUUCCAUUUUUCGACUUUGAUAAAAAUGGACUGUAAAGUUAUUGACUCGGUAUUUUAACAUAAUGUCAAAGAUUUUAAUAAACUGUAAUUAUUUUUAAAACCGUUUCUGUUUAUUUCAUUACUAGACUAGUGAUGUUAACUGCAGAAUGCAUAAAGUGAUGUGAGCUCUUAGUUUGACCACAAGAGGGCAGUA